CGAGGACGCGCUCACACCAUCGUGACGACGACUCUACGUUUCAGUCGUGUCAGCUCUCGUUACUGUAAAUUGAGGCUGACAAAAUCAGUAGCGCUUCUCUUCCGCGAGUCCACGUAUCUGCCUCGUCAUUUUCAGCUUAUAACAGACGACAUGGAGUAAUCCCUCUACCCAUAUAAUGGCUACCCUGCAAGUACAGCGACCAGAUCCUCUAUCAAGUCCUACUUCAUCUGUUUUCGAUCUUCCAAUUCAAACAUCAUCGUCACAACCAACGCUUCUGAAGCCAAAUACACGCGUUCUACCCGACUCCAGUGAAAUACGGGAUGAAGACAGACUUUCAGGGAAGAGCAAGAACACGUUUAUCGUGAUUUCCGGUGGAACGGGGGGCAAUGCUAUCUGUACUGCGUUUGACAGUGAGAACGCGUUCUUCGUUCUGCCCGUUUCUGACGAUGGGGGGUCAUCGUCAGAGAUCAUUCGUGUCCUUGGAGGGCCUUCUAUUGGUGAGUCGAAAGUGGUUAGAAAAUACGCUGAUAAAACUGGAUCGAUGUUCAGGUGAUAUACGCUCUCGUCUUAUCCGUCUCAUUCCUUCUGCGCCUCCAUCAUCAUCUCUGGAUGCUAUUAGAACCCUUUUGGCGUACCGUCUUCCGACGAAUUACACGGAAAAGCAAGCUAGAGAGGAAUGGAGGGAUAUCGUAGAGGGGAAGAGUCAUCUCUGGCACGGAAUUCCGACAGACCGUAAGGAAACCAUUCGAGGAUUUCUCGUAUAUUUUGAAAGCGAGAUACUGAAACGUGCACACAAGAACUUCAAUUUUCUGAACGGAAGCAUCGGAAACUAUUUCCUCGCUGCUGCUCAAGGCUUCUUCCGCUCUCUGCCCUCAGCCAUAUUCUUAUUCUCGUCAAUAACGAAUAGCGGAGCGAAUAUCCUUCCUGUCAUCAUCACCAACCACACAGUCACUAUCGCUGUUGAACUGGAAAACGACGAAAGACUUGUUGGACAGUGCGAAAUUUCUCAUCCGGUCCGCAAACAACCCGCCACCUUGACGCCACCUAUCAUUGAUUCUGUGGGUCAAUAUGACGAAUGGUCACCAAUAGACGGUGUAUCCCAACGACAGGGCAACGUCAUGUUCGAGCAUGGCAGUAAGGAGAACGAUAACGCGGAAAAGGACUCAUAUGAACCAUUACACUCGAGGAUUUCUCGUCUAUUAUAUAUUAAUGCCUAUGGCAUGGAGAUUCAUCCAUCGCCCAAUCCGGAAUAUAUCUCGACCCUUGGAGUGGUCGAUAUGCUGGUAUAUUCUUGUGGGUCAUUAUGGACUAGCAUCAUUCCAUGUCUUGCCUUACGAGGCGUGGGAUCCGCCAUCGCCCGUUCGAGGUCGUUGAAGACGAAGGUGUUACUCUUGAACACAGAGAAUGACAGAGAAACUGAGGGAUAUACGGCAGUUGACUAUGUUCUAGCAAUCGCACGGACCCUAAACGAUACUUACGAACCUCAAGCUUUUGGGAUAGGAAAUGCCUGGACCCAGUAUCCGGUUUCCGCGUUCAUCACCGACCUUAUAUACCUCAAGAAGACGAAAGUCCAUGUUGAUGUUCGGAAGCUCGCUGCACUCGGGGUGAAAUGUACUGAAGCUGAAGUGGACGAGUCGAAGUUUAACGUUGCAUCCGUCCAAAAGGCUGUAGAGGACAUUUUGAGUAAGUCGUUGUGAGCUGAAGACUGUAAUAUUGCUAGAACUCUUGAAUGUAAAUGUGUGCGA